GUUUUAUAUAUCUCUACCUGUCGUAUCAAAGAUUGCUGCAAGAUCUGAAUCACACUCACCAUGGCUUCAAGAGCAGAAGCAGGUAGAGACGCUUUCACCUUCAUUGAUCGCACAGUCGAUAUCGACCAAGAUGGCGAACCGGGACCUCCUCAUGUCUUCCCCAAGUUCGGCGAUCUCACUUCUGCCAAACUCCCCCAACCUAUCGUACAGCUUCUCGAAGAUCUCCGAGAGAAGUAUCCAGACCAUGUUGUUACAUAUGCCGAUACAUACAGCCUCAAUCUCCUCGCAUUUGCUGCCGCUGGACUUGCCACCGCAACCUUGGAUAUCGAAACAGAUUCCAUCUUCCGCGUGCGCGUAUGGCAGCAACCCAUACGCCGAGGAGCGAUUGGUCAGCUUGCUGAAGGCCGCGGUUUUGCCAAGUACCGGUAUCGAUGGGGUGAUGAAGACUUCAUCCUGUACUGCAUUACUGUUAGCAUAUUCAGCAUGCAGUUUGUACUGAAAGAGUACGGCCCAGGAGAGGGGCAAUUGUCUCAUUCCGCAGCUACAGAUACCCUUCUUGCCCAAGUCGGACUUUGGUCGCACAGAACACUCAAGGGCAUUUAUGUCUACGAUUUGUUUUGGCGUCUAGAUCUGGCGUUAUACGAACAAGUGCAAAAAGCCACGUGGGACAAAGUUAUACUGGACCCGGGUAUGAAGAAAGAUCUGACAAGCGUCAGCGGUCGUUUCUUCGAUAGCAAAGCCGUGUACGAUGACUUGGGGGUACCAUGGAAAAGAGGCUUGAUCUUUUACGGUCCGGCCGGGAAUGGAAAGACCAUCAGUAUCAAGGCCCUCAUGCACACACUUGCCGAACGCAAAGACUCUAUACCAACACUGUAUGUCAAGUCAGCGCCUCGAACUCUUGACAUCAGGAAUAUCUUCGCCUUGGCACGCCAGAUGACUCCAUGUCUAUUGGUACUUGAAGACAUCGACACCAUCGUUACGGCUCAGACACGGAGCUAUUUCUUCAAUGAGGUUGAUGGGCUUGAGAAUAACGAUGGCAUUCUGAUGGUUGCGAGCACAAACCACAUCGAUGAAUUGGACCCCGGCCUUUCUAAACGUCCAAGUCGUUUCGACAGGAAGUACCUCUUUCCUGCUCCUAGCAAAGCAGAGCGAGUUCAAUAUGUGCAGUACUGGCGUCAGAAGCUAAAGAAGAAACCCGAGGUUGUGUUUCCGGAGAGCUUGGUCGAGCCCAUUGCCGACAUUACUCAUGAUUUUAGUUUCGCUUAUAUCCAGGAAGCCUUUGUGUCUUCUCUUCUGGAUAUUGCACAUCAUCACGAUGAUGAGGGCGAGGACGAAGAAGCUGUAGACGAGGCGGGUGGUGGUGACGAAGAUCUUGACAAAUACGAGCUCUGGAGGGUCCUCAAAGAACAAGUCAAGAUCUUGCGAGAUGAGAUGGAUGCCGAGGCAUUGAGAGUAGAUCCGGAUUUCACAACUUUUGCAGCACAUACCGCACCACCAGCCUCUCAUAACUAUGUGGAAGAUAGCGGAUAUCCAUCCACGAACCCAGAAGACAGCAACUUGCUUCACCAUACAUAUUCAGAGAGCUCACAUGGCUCUGCAAUUCACCAACCACUUGCAAUACGCGGUAUCCAUCCAGGUGACGGCUUUUCUGCGCUGCAACCGCCAUUCUCAGGGCCGGCGUGUCCUACUUUCGGGGAUUCAAGGGAUCAGCUGCGAGGAAUGACAUGGUUCGAGAUAGGUCAUAAAUAA